GUCUCUUUUCACAGAUUCAGUUCAGUAUUCACUCGGUCACUAGUCACCUUUUCCUCAGCUGUUGCAGCAGCACUCCCCCAAGUCCCGUGUCGUUUCUUGUCCCUCCAUUUUCAAAGCUUUUCAGAGCUUUCACAUUUUCCUUCCAUGAACACAAAUUACUGUUAAUCCACCCACAACACUCAAAAUGGGCUGCUUACACUCCAAAACCACUCACCUCCACCUCUCCCCUGACGACCCAUCUUCUCUACCCGACACUCACAAACCCGACCCAGCUAAUGGAGAUCAAGCUGAGCUAGAGGCCCAAGCCCCUAUGUUCAAAGAGUACAGUCUAGACGAGCUACGAAAGGCCACCAAUGGGUUCAGCUCCGAAUGCAUUGUUUCCGAGAGUGGUGAAAAAGCUCCCAAUGUCGUUUACAGAGGAAAACUUGAUAACAAUCGCCUUGUCGCUGUUAAACGCUUCUCCAAGCAGUCUUGGCCCGACGCCCAACAGUUUGUGGUUGAGGCUGUGGGAGUGGGGAAGUUGAGGCACAAGAGAUUAGUGAAUCUGGUUGGUUGCUGUGCUGAGGGAGAUGAACGGCUCUUGGUGGCUGAGUAUAUGCCCAAUGAUACUCUUUCCAAGCAUCUCUUUCAUUGGGACAAGAAGCCAUUGCCAUGGGAAAUGCGUGUUAGAGUUGCAUACUAUAUUGCACAGGCACUGGAUCAUUGUAAUAUUGAGAACCGGAAGAUCUAUCAUGAUUUAAAUGCAUACAGAGUUCUUUUUGAUGAGGAUGGUGACCCUUGUUUGUCUACCUUUGGCCUUAUGAAAAAUAGUCGAGAUGGAAAAAGCUACAGUACAAAUUUAGCUUAUACUCCACCUGAGUUUCUACGUACAGGCAGGGUCAUUCCAGAGAGUGUAAUCUACAGUUAUGGAACUGUCCUGUUGGACCUUUUGAGUGGCAAGCAUAUUCCUCCAAGCCAUGCACUGGACUUGAUAAGGGAAAAGAAUGUAUUGUUGUUGAUGGAUUCAUCAUUGGAAGGGCAGUAUGUGAAUGAUGAUGCUACUAAAUUGGUUGAACUUGCUUCCAAAUGUCUUCAGUCUGAGGCUAGGGACAGAGGAGAUAUUAAGUUUCUUCUUACAGUCGUUGCACCACUUCAAAAGCAGAAAGAGGCGGCAUCUCAUGUUCUAAUGGGCCUUCCUAGAAAUACUGUUGUGGUUCCAACCAUGCUUUCUCCUCUUGGAAAGGCUUGUGCAAGGAUGGAUCUUACUGCUGUGCAUGAUAUUUUGCUAAAAACAGGCUAUAAAGAUGAAGAAGGUGCAGAAAAUGAGCUCUCAUUCCAAGAAUGGACACAACAAGUCCAAGAUAUGUUGAACACGAAGAAAUUUGGGGAUAUUGCAUUUAGGGACAAGGAUUUCAAGAAUGCAAUUGAGUAUUAUUCCAAGUUAGUCGCUAUGAUGUCCGGCCCUUCAGCAACUGUCUUUGCGAGAAGAGCCUUCUCCUACUUGAUGAACGGCCAAGCAGAACUUGCUUUAAGAGAUGCAAUGCAGGCACAGGUGUGUAUACCAGAGUGGCCAACUGCAUUCUACUUGCAAGCUCUGGCACUCUCAAAGCUUGGAAUGGAGACUGAUGCUCGGGACAUGCUUAAUGAUGGAGCAGCCUUUGAAGCAAACCGGCACAACACAUGGCGUAGCUAAACUUGUACACUUGAAAAUCUGUAGGUCUGUCUGAUUUCGUUUACUCGGCUUGGGGGAAACUGGAUAGAAUAGGUAGUGAAGUGCUAGGUGAAUGUGAAAUGUGGUUGAUAGAGUUGUUUAGGUAUCUUUGCAGAUGCUAUGUUAACUAUUGUUACAAGUGUUUGUUUUUAACUUUAUAUAAUGCAUUUCCGAUAGAAA